GUCUUCUUGCUUGGACUAUAUAGCAUUGCAGCUUCACAUGUCACGGCCCUCACACGGACGCCGUUCUUCCUCCUUAUGUCUUCUUCCUCCUCUCUCAUCACCUCGCAUGGGGUGGCUCUGGCCACCGCUGUGGCUGUCUCCGGUGCCGUGAUCAUCCUCGCCAUCUGCCGCCAGAAGCCCUUCUCCGCAGCCGUCAACCGCAGCUCCACCCCCCCCUGGUGCCACCCUCGCUCCUGCGUGUCCUCCUCCGAGGGGAGGAAGAGGGAGAGGGCGAACGGGAAGCAGCAGCGGAAGAAGAGGGUCCAGUUCGCGGCGGAAGUGGAGGAGCUCGGCGGGAGUUCCCGCAAUGAGACGGCGGCGGAAGUCCCACGGCCACCACGAGGAGAAAGGCGGGAGGCGCGAGGGAUGCCGGCGAACAGGGUGGCCCUGUACAACGGAAUUCUCAGGGAUCGGGUGAUGCAGCGGACGGCCUGCAGCUACUGAUCGCUCCAAAUCUACUGUGUAAUGCCUCCCUCUAACCUUGUAAUCGUCCGAGGAAGGGAAGAAUGAACUCAGGCGUACGACGCUUGGAGAUUCGUGCAA